UUGUCUCUGAGGCUGGUAGACUUCCUGAAGUACGUACCUUAUUAACGAUGUCAGUCUGUCAAGGGGAGCGUAAGGGGGGUCAUUCCCUAGGCUGGACGGGAAGGCUGAUGGGGAAGGUGUGGCAGGGUCAACGGGAACAUAUGGAGGACAAGAGCUGGCUAACUAGGAGCCCUGGGAAAUGGCCUCCUGUCUCUGGCUUAUCUGAUCCCCAUUCCUCUUCAGAACAGGAGAUGAUGUGGCAUAAUAGUGGAGAAAAGCAGAAAGCAUUUGAUCUAUUCUAAUGGGAAUGGUUGAGGAAAUACAUGAGGAUACUGCUGAAUGACCAUGUACGUAUAUAUAUACAGUAGAGAUAUGACAUGUUUUGUAUAGAAAUGUGUCAUAUGAUUGCUGACUAUAUUAUGUGAUGUAAAUGCUCACUCCACUGAUACAGAUUUUCUACAUCCUGCCCUGUUGGUUGACAUCUGACCUCAGAGCUGAAUAGCAACAGAGGGGCUCCAGCCCAGUCUGCCCGGUAACAUGACUGUGGGCCCUAUCCAAUGAAAUCUAUUAGAAUACACCACUUGCUUGCUGUGAUACAAUGUGUACCUGGAUUGUUGUAAACAGUAAAAUAAGCUCACUGUGCCAACAUGUUUGUAGUGGAGCAUUAUUAUUUAUAGGAGAUUUAACUCCAAAAUCCCCUUGUGUAUUAGAUUGAAUGGAACCCUCGUCUCGAGAUUAGCACACAGUCCUCUCUAUACUGUCAAUCCCCACUUCACAGACACAAAUGCUGUUCAAACAUCAGUUCUACUGUAGCUAAUGACGCUCUUAAACAUCCCCGGAGCAACACACAGCGCUGUCAUAGACUUAUUAUUUAUCAUUAUUAAAUAACGGGAGACAUCAAAAGAAAUCGUAACUCGAUCCGGUGGGAGGCUUGGAGCUCUUUCCUGAGGAGAGGAGUGGUUAGAGCUUUACAGUGUUAGAAUGGAGCGUUCAGCUACAUGGUGUUACCUACAGUAUCGCUGUUGACAAAGCUUGAAGUGUGAGGGACUACAUCCCACAUUCAGUCAAUCGACAAACCCAGACCACAGGUUAACUCUGUUCACGCUGUUUUGGACCUGUCACCUUGACACACCGCACAAGCUGUUCCUCUCAUGGACAUGCCCUUCAAAUACAUUGUGUCUUUGUGUGUGUGUGUGUCCCAGAUUUGCAUUUCUCUGAUUGUGGCAGGUGUUUGGGAGCGUUGUCUGCUGUGUCUUUGUGUUGUUGUUUGCUUGUUGUCACUCUUCCCCAGGUCCCGCUGGGAAUCUGUAGAUGAAUUACCACAGGGAACACAUUUGAUUUGCAAAUAGUUUCUGGAAAACAACACAUAGGUGUGUUUGUUCCAAACAGUGCUGAUUUGCAAGAAAACUAGGCGUGCUUCGUCUACUGGUUUCUAUGUUAGACAAAGAAACGCUUCAGGAAACACAAGGAUAUGCCACUAACAACGAGACACGUUUUGCAUUAUAAUAUUGCAUUUUGUCUAACACGGUAGUUGUGUAACCUACAAUUCUGUUGAAGGGUGGAGAUGGAAGUAUGCCUUAAUCUGCUACACACACCAAGAGUUUGCCAAUUAAAAUUCACUGGAGUGAUUUGUUUGCUGUAACUUUCCAGUCAAUGCCUGUUUUGCACAUUCCAGUCAAGGUCAUCAGUGUUUGCGCUGUAAGUUCAGAGUUUUCUUUGCCAUCCAGUCAACAGACACAGACAUCCUCACUACCAUCGACAAUGUUCCACUGGUGUCCAGGGGUUCAAUGACACCUAACACUCACUGGGCGGAUAAUUUUUCAGACUGGCACUGUGUGUGUACAGGCAUGUGUGUGUGUGUGUGUGUGUGUGUGUGUGUGUGUGUGUGUGUGUGCAUACCAGCUUGUGUGUGUGUGCCGAUUGGGCUAUGACCUGUACCUCAAUCACCACCCCCUUCUGGGAAAGCACAGGUGUUUCCUCUGAUAAUGUGCUCACCUCCCCCUCCUCUCUCUCUCCUCCUCCCUCCCUCCCUCCCUCCCUCCCUCCCUCCCUCCCUCCCUCCCUCCCUCCCUCCCUCCCUCCCUCCCUCCCUCCCUCCCUCUCUUUCCCUAACCAGGAAGUGAGAGCCGUACAUUCCAGCCCAUCCAGAAGAGCCCCCUCCAGUAGCUACCAGCUGGACCAGAAGAGGGACCCUUCACCUGGUGAGAAGAUGGCCUCAACUCAAGACCCCAGCCUCUGUAAGUAGUUCAUUACUGUAGUAUUACACACUGCUUUACCUCCUCCUCCUCCUCCAGGACUUUUAUUCCAUCAGAAAUCAGGUUUCACAACUUUCAAAGAAUUUCUUAAAAUCGUAGCUACAGAAUGUGAUACUGGUUACGUGUAUUUGAGAGAGAAAUCCGAAGAUGAUUUUGUGUGUUGAGAAUGUACUGUAUUGUCCUGUGUGGGAUCAAAUCAACUCUGGGAAUUGAGUACCAUCCAAGGCAGAAAAUGAACAACCCUAGAUAUUGAAACAGUGUUUCCAAUACUGUGAUAGGAGAAGUUGCUGAGUGGCUGCAUUGUGGGUUUUCUCUUUUCCACUGCGACUGAUAACACUGGCUGUACAGAGUAGUCGUGGGGAAAGUGCAGUAUUCUCCGAUUGUCAUCUAAAAAGGUUCUCAGAUGUAUGUUUCUGUAAUUGAAAAUCAUCCCAAAAUACAAAUUUCAAUGUUUCCCUCCUUUUACAGUGAGGGAAAAAAGUAUUUGAUCCCCUGCUGAUUUUGUACGUUUGCCUACUGACAAAGACAUGAUCAGUCUAUAAUUUUAAUGGGAGGUUUAUUUAAACAGUGAGAGACAGAAUAACAACAAAAAAAUCCAGAAAAACACAUGUAAAAAAUGUUAUAAAUUGAUUUGCAUUUUAAUGAGGGAAAUAAGUAUUUGACCCCUCUGCAAAACAUGACUUAGUACUUGGUGGCAAAACCCUUGUUGGCAAUCACAGAGGUCAGACAUUUCUUGUAGUUGGCCACCAGGUUUGCACACAUCUCAGGAGGGAUUUUGUCCCACUCCUCUUUGCAGAUCUUCUCCAAGUCAUUAAGGUUUCGAGGCUGAUGUUUGGCAACUCAAACCUGCAGCUCCCUCCACAGAUUUUCUAUGGGAUUAAGGUCUGGAGACUGGCCACUCCAGGACUUUAAUGUGCUUCUUCUUGAGCCACUCCUUUGUUGCCUUGGCCGUGUGUUUUGGGUCAUGCUGGAAUACCCAUCCACGACCCAUUUUCAAUGCCCUGGCUGAGGAAAGGAGGUUCUCACCCAAGAUUUGACGGUACAUUGACGGUCCAUCGUCCCUUUGAUGCGGUGAAGUUGUCCUGUCCCCUUAGCAGAAAAACACACCCAAAGCAUAAUGUUUCCACCUCCAUGUUUGACGGUGGGGAUGAUGUUCUUGGGGUCAUAGGCAGCAUUCCUCCUCCUCCAAACACGGCGAGUUGAGUUGAUGCAAAAGAGCAUCAACUCUUUUUGGUCUCAUCUGACCACAACACUUUCACCCAGUUCUCUUCUGAAUCAUUCAGAUGUUCAUUGGCAAACUUCAGACGGCCUUCUAUGUGCUUUCUUUAGCAGGGGGACCUUGCGGGCGCUGCAGGAUUUCAGUCCUUCACGGCGUAGUGUGUUACCAAUUGUUUUCUUGGUGACUAUGGUCCCAGCUGCCUUGAGAUCAUUGACAAGAUCCUCCCGUGUAGUUCUGGGCUGAUUCCUCACCGUUCUCAUGAUCAUUGCAACUCCACGAGGUGAGAUCUUGCAUGGAGCCCCAGGCCGAGGGAGAUUGACAGUUAUUUUGUGUUUCUUCCAUUUGCGAAUAAUCGCACCAACUGUUGUCACCUUCUCACCAAGCUGCUUGGCGAUGGUCUUGUAGCCCAUUCCAGCCUUGUGUAGGUCUACAAUCUUGUCCCUGACAUCCUUGGAGAGCUCUUUGGUCUUGGCCAUGGUGGAGAGUUUGGAAUUUGAUUGAUUGAUUGCUUCUGUGGACAGGUGUCUUUUAUACAGGUAACAAGCUGAGAUUAGGAGCACUCCCUUUAAGAGUGUGCUCCUAAUCUCAGCUCUUUACCUGUAUAAAAGACACCUGGGAGCCAGAAAUCUUUCUGAUUGAGAGGGGGUCAAAUACUUAUUUCCCUCAUUAAAAUGCAAAUCAAUUUAUAACAUUUUUGACAUGCGUUUUUCUGGAUUUUGUUGUUGUUAUUCUGUCUCUCACUGUUCAAAUAAACCUACCAUUAAAAUUAUAGACUGAUCAUGUCUUUGUCAGUGGGCAAACGUACAAAAUCAGCAGGGGAUCAAAUACUUUUUUCCCUCACUGUAUAUGAUUUACAUGUGUGGAGGCAGAGGACAUGACCUGACAGAGAUAGGGCUUGAGUGUUUGACACGAGUGUGUGACAUUGGGGUCAUGUUGAGGUGCUUCUGUGUUUGUGUGAGUGUGUGUAUGUGUUUGUGUGUGUGUGUGUGAGUGAGUGAGUGAGUGAGUGAGUGAGUGAGUGAGAGACAGAAAGAGAGAGAGAGAGAGAGAGAGACAGUGGGUGGGGAAAAGCUCAGUGGAAUGAUGGACAUGUUGACAGCUCACUUUGUGUUUCACUCAUUCACUUACUCACUCACACUCUCACGCACACACACACACACACACACACACACACACACACACACACACACACACACACACACACACACACACAAACACACACACACACACAACGUCAUUACUCCCAGUUGUUGUUGUUGUUUCAGUAACAAUCUAUUUACAGCAGUUGAAUUUCCAGAAUUAUUUUUUCCCUCCUCAAAUGUCACAUGUCGGUCAUGUGAAAUGGUUAACCAGUCCUAAAUCACUGUGGUGGCUAAAGCUGGAAGACACUGUCGCCUUUGCAGACUGGUGGUGUAAGUGAUGAGGGUUUGUGAGAGCUGACCGAUUGACAGUGUCAUGUCAAUGACAGCAUCAUGUGAUUUACCACUCACAGUGAGUGACAGAGGAGGUGAAGGAGCUCUUUGCCCAAAGCCAACGUGUUAAAUAAAGACCUGUGAACGACACACUGCGCUUUGUGCUUUAAACAAGCACCAACCUCACCUUCGAACCAGCAUGCUUCUGUCUUUUAAAUAGACAACCUUGGUUACAAUAUCUCCCUUUUGGAUAUCCCACUGGAUUCUGGGUCUGGUUUAUUUAGCCCACACCUGUGGGUCCAAACAACACAAUAAUUUUUUAAAUUUUUUAUACAGGAUGUAAUAUUCUGAGUUGUAGUGAUAGUAUUUUAUUAUAUCAGGGGAUACGCUCCAUCAAGAAAAGCACCUCUUGAUUUUGUUAUCCGAGGCAAAUUUGUUUUUGGAUUUUACCUAAUGAAGGUUAUUGGAGGAGAUUUUAGUCUCAGGAUACCAGCUUGAAUUGGAAAUCGAAGCUCCAGUCACUCAGAUUGACACGUAUUGAUCCACAGUGUUUCUCUUAGGGCUUCUCUAAAUGGCAAAAGUUCACAUCCUCCCAUUAUCUUCCAUUAAGCACAAUACUCAAACAGAACCGGAGGGCUAGGGUGCUUUGAGGGACACUAGUCUCUAUCUAGACAGGCAGCACACAACGUAAACUGUGAAUAUCUAUUGUCUAAACAGUGACCUGAAAAUAAGCCUUGCCAGUGAAGUUGCAUACACAUCUACUGUGCCUUAACAAAAAAAGUUUCCAGAAUUUGUUAAAUGCGUUCAUUAUUAACCAUUUGAAGGCCUGCAGGUGUUAGCUAGCUGAUAAAGCGCCAGGGGAUGUUGUCUAUGACAUCAGAUAUUCCGGGCGAGUUUGUUUACACUCCAGGAACAGGAAAUCCAUGUGCAAUUUCAGAGGGAUUAUCAGCACGGCACAGGUUCCUACAGUCGAGAUAACCAGGCUUUUCUUUAGUCGAUGCACUGCUAUGUCUGACUCUGGGGGUACUUACGCACCAGAGGAGGCUGGCGGGAGGAGCUAUAGGAGGACAGGCUCAUUGUAAUGGCUAGAAUGGAAUAAAUGUAAUGGAGUCAAACAUGUGGUUUCCAUAUGUUUGAUACUGUUCCAUUUAUUCCAUUCCAGCCAUUACAAUGAGCGCAUCCUCCUAUAGCUCCUCCCUCCAGCCUCCUAUGGUACGCACUGUGUUGCCUCUGCAGGGCCAGAAAACAACAAUCACUGCUAUGCAUUUGAAUUUAGUGAACUAUACACUACCUGGUGGCUUUCUGAACAGAACCAGGAGUACCCUGGGUAGAAUGUCAAGAUAGGUCAGGGUCUGCACAUUGGUACUUUGGGUGAACUAAUGCUAAUCAGCCUUUGAUAAAGCCUGAAUGAGAGAAGUUAGCGUAGUGGAAGGACUCUCACAAGGUCAACAGUUUAAGGGGGGGCUCGCUAUUGUUGGGCAAAGUUUACUCUUCUCUUUCUUUCUUUUCUUUCAUUCUCCCUUUCUCUUUCUGCAGGUUAGUGAGAAAGUUACAGGGUCAAAGGUCAUACCCCCAAGACAUGCUAACCUUUUCACUUUUACCAAUAACAGGGAUGGUUAGCAUGUCUUGGGGGUAUGAUCUUUGACACUCUGUAACUUUCUCACUCAUCAUUAUUCACAAUUAAUUCAGGAUUACCUGUCAUCAUGGUAGCAUCCCCAUUAAUGUAGAAGUGUUUAGAAACAUAUUUUAUUCGUAUUUACAAUAAAAGUGACUCCAAAAUGACAUAAUACAUUAUUUACCAUGCAUUUCUAUUGCGCACAAAAUAAUCUGAAACACAACCAAAACGAAAUGCAAAUGCAUCCAACAAGUUUGUAGAGUCACAAGCUUGAUGUAGUCAUUGCGUGCUUGGAAUAUGGGACCAAAUACUACAAUUAUGACUACUUUAUUUAUAAGAAUCUUCAGGGGUGGCAAUAAUUUUGACCCCUACCUUUUUGAUUUUUGAUUUCCUGUUAAACAAAAUCUGUUUCUCUGACCAAUUUUUUGGAGCAUACAAUAUAGCUCAGUAUUUGAAUUAUUUAUUUUAUACAGUCAUUAUUGCCAAACAUUUUCAAGGGUGUCAAUAAUUUUGGACCCUACUGUAUGUAGACGCUGGUUUGGUGCUGGAGAUGGUGAAUAGGAGGUUGAAAAGUGGCGGAAUUACAUUUUAACUACGACAUGAUGUCAGUUAAAUGAUAAAUGAUUGAAUUGCGCUUCUUGUAUGUCACGUAAUGGGCCAAGUUUCCAGUCACCAAAUAUUCUAUUGAAUUUCUGUGUGUGUUCUUAAGCUAGAAUCCUUAAUUGCAUCUCAGUGCUUGAGGCGUCACUACAGACCUCCUGGUUCGAUUCCAGCCUGUAUCACAACUGGCCGUGAUUGGGAGUGCCAUAGGGCGGCACACAAUUGGCCCAGCGUCGUCCGGGUUUGGCCGGUGUAGGCCGUCAUUGUAAAUAAGAAUUUGUUCUUAACUGACUUGCCUAGUUAAAUAAUGUUUUUUAUUAUUUUUUUAUUUUUUAUAAAUAAAUAACAAAGCUUCUCCCUGCCCCUGUUUUGCUAAAAAGCUGCGUGAUGGGUCUGGAGAAAUGUAACCACUCUCGAAUUCACAGACUGACCAUCCAUGAUAUCAAGUUUUUGUUUACAUUUAUGUUGUUUUACAAACAUUGGAGUAAAACAAGCUAUUUUGGGUUCUGAUGGGGUACGACAGUUGAACUAAGCUCGAGGCAUUUAGAAGUUAUAUUCUUCAAGAAUCAAUGGGUAUGAUUAAUUUAUAAGUCCAAAAAUGGAUCUAGCAACUAAGGAUUCUAGCUUUAAGGCAUGUUCUUAUGUACGGUUCCUGGAAAUGUUUUCAAUGAUUCUCAGAACACAAGUGGCUUUAAUAAUAAUAAUAUUACAAAGAGAAUCUCAAAGACACUGCAAAAACAAACAAAACAAAUCUGGUAGAGAUCUGGCAGGUCUUGGGCGAUGGUCUUCCACAGCUUCAGAUGAUAAGGUGCUGUUCAGCCAGGCAGUUCAGAAAGGCUGGGCAGUAGCUUAAGUGGAGGGAGCUUCGAUGGCACAGAGAGGGAGCAGCGUCACUCAGUUACUUAGACAGGCCCGGUACCACACACACACACACACACACACACACUGAGAUAUAUUUUUAUAUAGUGUGUUGUAAAUCCCAUGAUCAUGGCUGAUGCAUCAGGGCGAGCUAUGACAGGCGGCUCUGUUGCGGUCUCAGAGGGGACUCCUGUCCAUCUGGCAUCCCUGUUCCCCAUCUGGGCCCAGGCAGCCAAGGGAGAUCCCUGAGCCUCAAUCCCGUUCACUUUCUACCUUUCAUUUGUGGCAUGUAAAAAGUCCUGCUAUCUGUGGCUCUUAAAAGGGAGCCUAAGGUGGUUCCACGCAUAUCAUCAUCAAAUAUAUUAAAAGAACGUCAUCAUGGUGAAUCAUCGUUGUCAAUAUUUCUGGAUUUGGGGACCUGUAUGAGGUUAUUUGGGUUGGCCCUCUCAUUGGGUUGAUUACACCCCCCCCCACCCCUUCGCCUUUUCCCCUCCUCUCUGAGAAACGAGGGAUGCGGGGUCCGGUUUCGAGGUCUCAGUGCAGGACGUCUGUUCUGUUAGGUCCGUGUGACUUAAGGUAAAAGGCAUGUAGGGUACCUCAUCUAAAAAAAGCCCCCCUACCCCUCUUGAGCUCCGUCUUUUAGGAAGGGGGCAUCUAAAAUAAAAUCAGCUGUCACUGUCCACUAGGCCCCACAGAGCUGAGCUGAUCGCACACUGCUGGAGCUGGUCUCCAACUCACACCGAAUCACCUCCCAGGGUUUUGUUUAGUUGCCUCUGGUAACGGCUGGGCAAAAGGACCCUGCUGCUGGCUCUCAGGGGAUUUCAAGGCCCUUCAACAUUAUCUGUGGGAUUGUAUUGUCCGAGGUACACGGAGGUGCUAAAGGCAUAGAGGGCAUUACAGUAAGUGGGCCAGUCUUUACAACCUUCAUAGCCUUUCAGUGUGUUACAAUCCUCUGCAUGUAAAGGUGGACUGACAUUCAUUGUCACAUGAUUGAUUUGAAUGAGAACACAAAGACACUUAGAGAGAUAUGUAGAGAGAGAGAUACUGGAUGUACUGGAUGAAUGAGAGGUUGAAUGGUAAACUGACGGUGUUGACAGUAGACUGCCUUUUCAGCUUUAUACGGCUUUUGCUUGCGUGUACUGUACGACUAGGUUGUUUUACCAUGUAAAACAGGACUGGAAUUACAGCAAGAGUCUUCUAAAUGUGUUCAAAAAAUAUAGAGUUGUCAGAUGAAGAUGAUUGGGCCGGUGACAGAGGGGUUGGUGGUUCAAAUCCCGGAGCUAUCUAGGUGAGGGAUCUGUCGAUGUGCCCUUGAGCAAGGCACUUGACCCUAGUUGCUCCUGUAAGACGCUAUGGAUAAGAGCGUCUGCUAAAUGAAUAAAAUGUAAAAGUGCGAAAGGAAGCAUGAUUCCACGAGGAUGUGGGAUUGUUAAGUAUGCAUGAAGUCAGCUUGUUUUUUCUGAUCUGAUAUGACUUGGUUAUUUCGCCUGGAAUGCUCUCUGACUGUGAGUGUACUCACUAGAAACAACGUGACCACGUACUAGAGGCCGAUCCAGUGGUCUCUUUGAUCCAUUUGACAGCUCAAUAAUUGUGUGUCGCCUCUGUGCCUGUGGAACAGCCAGUUGAAUUAGAGUCACAGAACAGUGAGCUUUGGCUCAGGUCUCAGCUGCUGCUCUGGGUCUGUGGUUCCAUAAGGCUAGCUAGCUAGCAGCGUAGCCCACCUCUGAUCACAUAACCACAGGCAGAGCAUCAGAAGGGGUCUGCGGCCCUGGCUCAGCUCAAUAUAGCCACUGAGCCAUGCAUACCAGAGGCAAGGCCUCCCCCACACACACUCUCUCCCCCCAUAGACGUUUCCUGAUGCCCACCCGUCACUUUCAACCACACACCUGCCGCCCCAACCUCCCCCUCCUAUCACUAGAGCCAGAUGAAGGCACCGCUGCCCUGUAAAUCGGAGAGAUUAAGAGUUAACACUCCUCAGGAAGAGAACAAGAGCCACCCAUCCCUGCCAUGUGGAGUUUAUGCAAACACAUUGCUGACUAAUCAUACAGUAGGUGGCCUUCCAUGGAAGGGGAGUUAAGAUAGGAAAAUAAAAUGAGUGAAAGCACCUCUGCUUUUAAGAUAGCAAUGUCGAAACGCAAACAGAUGGUAAUCUGCUGGAAGAUUAUGGCAUCUUACCCAGUAAGUCAUUUGUAAACGUUAUAAUCAUUGAAAUCGGUUGAUAUCGCUAAUUAAACAGAGGAAAGCGCCAGUGAUGUAGAGAGGAAAAUGCUUUUAGCCUUCUGGAGAAAUUGAGCUCUGUUCAGAUGUCCUUGAGUUUGACCUCGCUCUCUCUUUUUCCCUUCAUCCCUCAUUCUCUUACUGGGAAACAUGACUCUGCAGACAGGGCCGUAAAAAAAGGAGGAUUUAUCUUUGCGACCCUCCUGGAGCCUGGGUUAGCUACGUCACUUUCCCGCUAUGGCGAGCUUUGCAUUCAUUCACCACCAUUCCUCCACUCGCAGGCUGAACAUACCAAGGGACUGUUGUCAAUGUUUUUAUGGCAUCAGUACGCUUGUAUGUCUGUAUGUCUUAUUGACAGCCCAGGGCCCAGUUUCACGAUAGCGAUGGAAUUUAGGAUUAGGAUUCUUUAAAAAAUGCAUCUUUCCUACAACGUCUGAAGAUGUAACAUGCGUUUCCCAAAACACCACGCAGAGAGAACGGUCACUAAGUGCGUCGUUGGUGCAUGUGUCAAUACUGAUAGGAUCAAAAGAAAGGGAGUGCUGCUCUCGGAUCAGCUUUCUCCAUUCAAAUCGUUCCUUAACAUUAUAAUUAUUCCACAAUACUGAUAACGGAUCAGCUCCUAGAGAGAUAUUCCCACCUACGGCUACAAAUAUUGAGGUGGCUUAUUCUAAUUACCGGAGAUCUGCUGUGCAUAAAGUGACGUGGGAACGCAAAAAAGCCUCUAACAACGCGCUUUGCUGUUCUACGAGUGGUCUGAGGCAGGCGUUAGAUUACAAACGUUUUCAAGUGCAAAGUUAAUAACAAUGGUUUUGGGAGACAGCUCAGAGAUCUAACGAUGCUCCUACGAAGGUUCUAACGAUGAACUUAGCCUUAAGAUGCCUAUGGGAAACCUGGCCCAGAACCAUGACGUGUCGUAGGCACUUAUCCCCAGUGAUAAAUAAGGACAUUAUCCCUCGUUCGUUCUGUUAAACGAGUGUCAGGUUUCAGGUGACCUCAGGUGUAGGGUAUCUGACCUGUAUUUAUAGUCAAGAGCGGGUAAAACCCACAUUUAUUUUUGGACGUUGCUGUGCUGGUCAGUCAUCCUCUAGCUAUCUCUCUCCACAGCGCAGGGUGAUUGGUUAACACUAACAUACCCGCCAUAGCAGGAGGAUCUAAAAAUGGUGGUUUAAGGGAACAUGCUUUCAUCACAUGGUAGCCAAUCCAAGUGCUUGGCUCCUGUGAGAAAUCAUGUGGGUUUAUGAGACAAGGAUAUACUUUGGCCCUGUUUCAAUAGACUUGAAGUAGGGAGCAUCUUUGACUUGUGUCAUCCAGUCAGAUAACCAGUCAAUUCCAGGAAUAGGAAAUCAAACCGGCAGAUAGUAACACAUGUAUUCAUAGAACUUUCUAAAAGUGGUCUGACAGGCAUUAGGAUGACUAGCUCUUCUCCAUAGGGGUAUAUGUGUACGGUAUGUACCAGGCAAAGAAUAGCUUUCUAUCGCUAAUAGUUGUAGCCGAGAUACCAUUGGAAUAGUUCCUUAAAAUAUAUGCCUACCCAUGUUCUAUCCAUGUGCUUCUGUUUUGGCUAAGAUCUCCCCAGUAUGUGAAACAGCAGAUAAAAUCCACAACAUAGAAAUGUCAAAGUGUACUACAUAAUACAAUUGCCAUUUCCAUCCGUGUCCUCUUUGAUCUCAAUGCAUUAUAACCGCGGCAGAAUCAACAUGCUAAAAGCCUUGAGGUCCAGUGUGGGUGUUAGAUAGAUCCUCAGUGGAGUUAAUGAUGCUUUAUAGCAUAGCAGAGCCAACCAUAAAUCAAUACUUGACUCUAAUUGGAUGUCUAUAGGGAUAUACUGUACUAACCAGUGUGUGUGUCCAUUUGUGUGUGUGUGUGUGUGUGUGUGCGCGCAUGCAUGCGUGUGAUGUUAGAGCAGUCCUGUUUGAUUGAUGAGUGUGACUCUCUUCAGUUUCAUGACAACAUCCUUUGUGAAUCCCCAUUGUCCUGUCUAUGGCUAUGUAUAGAGGGGUCAUGUAAAAAACAUGUGAGGGGAUGUGGUUCUGGAACAAGCCAGACGUAGGUGUAAAGCUAACUUGGAUGGCAGUAGAGAUCAGUGGAGGAGUGUUUGUGUUUGAUACCAUUCCAUUGACUCCAUUCCAGCCAUUAUUAUGAGCCAUCCUCCCCUCAGCAGCCUCCACUGGUAGCGGUUGUCACUGUUGUCGCCAUGCCCCUUGCAGUUACAUAAUGGCCCUGUCCUUUCAGAUAAUAGGAUGCAGCUACCACAACAGUUUUCCAAUAUGUCCCCUUAAAAUGUCGUCCAUGGUUAUACUCUUGAAAGUAUCUAUUCUAUCAAUGGGCUGAAACGCUGAAAGGUUGAAUCAUAUCUGAUCUGACUUUUACGUAAACCAUGGAUUUACUGUAAAUCAAUGCUGAGAAUUAAUGCAGAAAUUUGUGUGACAAACACGGCUUUCAAGUCAGGAUUCGGCUCUUUUUGUUCAUAAACUGCAUUCUCACGUCCUGGAAAGUAAACUCCAUGUCUGUUGCGUUUUGCAGCUGCGGGCAGCGCGGGUGGAACCAGCUCAGGACGUCCUGAGGAAAGGGAAGGGGUGGUGAGUCAGAGGAAAGGAGAAGGAGGAGCACCCACCAGUGAGGAGCCGGAGUCCGUGUCACUAAAGGAACGCAUGGCCAUGUAUCAGGCUGCCGUGUCCAAGAAGGAGGCCGGCAGCUCAUCCGCCGCGGUAAGGAGAUACUUCCACAAGGAUGUAAAGAGAGAUGGAGGGAAAGACACUCCAAGGAUAACCAGACAGGCUGAUAACUAGACAGGCUAAUAACCAGACAGGACAGGCAGGCAGACAGACACUAUACCUUCAAACACACACAUAGAAAUGUGCGUGGUAUAAUUGGCAGUGCACCCAUUUGAAUGGGUAUUAUUAACAGAACAUUUUCACAGAUCUCCAAAUAUGAUGUAUUCUCAAAACUAUUCUACACAGACAUUCAUGACCACACCUGCUGUGUAAAAAAACACAACAAAAAAGAGCUUACAAGCCAGGGUCAUCAUUGGCUACCACUUCAGAGUAAAGAAACCCCUAUCUGAAAGCUGCUUACACUGUAAUUGAAAAUGAGUGCAUGCAUUAAGCCAAGCCCAUUAAUUCAACUCAGUCUGUGAACUGAAGCCAUCGGAGCAGCAACUUUUUAGCCUUUUACUAUACAUGACUCAGUGGUUCACUAUUAUAUGGCUUCUCUUCCCUGGUCUGUUGCAUUCCAUUCAGCUUCUCUAUACCCAGGUCACUGUUAUGUGAUUGGAACUGAAAGGAAGACAUUUUUGUAUUUCUAAGCCUUUUUAUAUUGAGAAUCCUCAUGGAUAGAAAUACUUCAUCUUUUGUCAUAAAGAAACCCAGUGCUGAAUAUUCCUGGACACUAGAGAUCUUCCAGCAACCACAUAUUCCAGGAACCUCUGUCCACACAGUAAUAUGUACAAUUCUGAAUACAGGUAGUGGGUUAAAAACAAUGUUUUGAUGCAUGACACAUCAACAUUCAUCAUACAUCAUUUACUUCUCAUUCAGUGCUGAAUAAUGACAGCAAUCUGCAUUGAUUGAUUCCAUCAUUGUCAUUUGUCAGUGCCACUGUGGUGACCUCCGUUGAUCCCAGUGUCACCGCCCAUGGGGAGGCUGCUGACAGCUGGCGGUGGGAGGCUGGGCUGUAGGGUUACUGCACACUAUGAGGGAUAACAGACAGAAUCUGGACCAGAAUGAUCCAUCAACACCUUUACAGCUACUGUCUGCAUACGCCGUUAAAACAUAGCUUGAUACUGCUAUGCUGUGUUGAACUAGUUAGUUUGAUUUGACUUGACGUCACAGAUGUUUGGGAUUUCCAAUCGUGUGGGGAGACUGGGGACAUCAUUCUCUUGCAAACGUCAUGAGGUCCUAGGUUAUGGAGGAGUCUGAAGCCUGUUCUCUGCCAGGGGGUCUGGCCAGCGUGAAGAAACAGUUUGAGAGCCAGGAGUACGCCUCCUCCUCCCAGUCCCAGACCAGCGUCACCCAUGUCCACUUAGAAAAGAGAUCCGUGCAGGUACUGCCAACUAAACGGGCAAGGCAUGAGCCAUAUAGAGAUCCUUUAUCCUUAUUUAUUUCUAUUGCACUACCAUACUAAAGCAUGUUGAACCAUACUGAACCAUACUAACGCAUUCACAACCAUCCUGAACCAUACUGAGCCAUGCUAAACCAUACACAUCCAUAGUAAAAACAAGGCAGAAAGGCCAUAUACAGGUCACAGCCACACAGGGAUAGAUUCUGCCCAGUCAUGCAUUCUCUCUCAUCCUGCUGAGCUUAAAACAGGCUGGAUUCAGAGAGUGGGCCUGGACUUAAUGAUGCAUGGGGUUGGGGUCAGGUGUGGAGCAGUGGGUUUUGUUGAGUCGUUGUACUAUAUCAUAACUCCCUAGACUGUAUUUAGGGUUGGAAUGUCACGCUCUGGCUCCGGGACUUUGUAUGUUGAGCCAGGGUGUGUUCGUUUCGUUGUGUUCUGUUUGGUUGGGUUGUUAUGUGGUUGUGUUUCCUUAUUUGUAUUGAGUGACUCCCAAUCAGAGGUAACGAGUGUCAGCUGUUGGCUCGUUAGCUCUGAUUGGGAGCCAUAUUUAAACUGUGUGUUUUCACCUUGUGUUUGUGGGUUUUUGUUCCGUGUUCAGUCAGUGUUACUGUGGACUUCUCGAUCGUGUUUUGUUUUGUAUUUUAUGCUUUACUAUUAAAGUCAUGUUCGCUUCACACGCUGCGCCUUGGUCUACUCCUUCUCGUCAACACGAUCGUGACAGAAAAACCCACCGUAAAAGGACCAAGCAGCGUGUCCAGGAGCAAGGAGACUGGACAUGGGAGGAAGCGCCGGGUAAGGAGAUAGAGAGGCUGGCGAUGGCCCAGGUGGGCAAAUCGUGGUCCUAGGAGGACAUGCUCGGGGGCAAGGGACCUUGGGGUAGGAUCAAGGCCCUGGCGAGAGAGGAGCAACGGCGUCAGCAGGGCCGUCGGAUGGAAGAGAGGCAACCCCAAAACAUUUUUUGGGGGGGGCACAUGGCUUGGGCGGCUGGGCAGCAGGAGGCUGCCACAGGGCAAUUUGGAGAGGAGGCCACCGGGUUUUGGGGGCCAGAAGGCAGGUUGGCGAGGCCGGGAUGGAGAGCGGAACCAACUUCCCGUACUCAGGCAUGGCAGCAUGGGACGGGGCAGGUUCCGCGGUAUGCGGAGCAGCGUACGGUGCCACGAGUGGUCCGGCACAGUCCUGUACGUCCUGUGCGAGCACCCCGCACGUGUCGUGCGAAGGGGGGUAUGCAGCCAGGACGGAGUGUGCCGGCUCAACGCUCGUGGUCUCCUAUGCCUCUCCGCGGUCCCGGAUAUCCUGCUCCAGUAUCACGUGCUGUCAUGUCGGUACGGGUACACAGCCCUGUACGUCCUGUGCGGAUGCCUCACACAGAGUGUGUGAAGGUAGGCAUUCAGCCGGGACGUAUUGUGGCCGCUCUUCAUUCCAGGUCUCCUAUCCGUCUCCACAGUCCGGUGAGGCCUGUUCCUGCUCCACGCACAAAACCUACGGUGUGCGUCGCCAGCCCAGCCCGGCCUGUUCCUGCUCAACGCACAAAGCCUACGGUGUGCGUCGCCAGCCCAGCCCGGCCUGUUCCUGCUCCACGCACAAAACCUACGGUGUGCGUCGCCAGCCCAGCCCGGCCUGUUCCUGCUCAACGCACAAAGCCUACGGUGUGCGUCGCCAGCCCGGCCUGUUCCUGCUCAACGCACAAAGCCUACGGUGUGCGUCGCCAGCCCAGCCCGGCCUGUUCCUGCUCCACGCACAAAACCUACGGUGUGCGUCGCCAGCCCAGCCCGGCCUGUUCCUGCUACUCGCACCAAGCCAAGGGUGCGAGUCGUCAGCCUGGUCCAGCCCGUUCCUGCUACUCGCACCAAGCCAAGGGUGCGAGUCGUCAGCCUGGUCCAGUCCGUUCCUGCUACUCGCACCAAGCCAAGGGUGCGAGUCGUCAGCCUGGCCCAGGCCGUUCCUGCUACUCGCACCAAGCCAGGGGUACGAGUCGUCGGCCUGGUCCAGCCCGUUCCUGCUACUCGCACCAAGCCAAGGGUGCGAGUCGUCAGCCUGGUUCAGCUCGUCCCUGCUACUCGCACCAAGCCAAGGGUGCGAGCCGUCAGCCUGAUCCAGCCCAUUCCUACUACUCGCACCAAGCCAGGGAUGCGAGUCGUCAGCCUGGUGAGGCCCGUUCCGGCUCCACGCAUCAAGCCUAGGGUGCAUAUCGUCAGCCAGGUCCGGUCCGUUCCUGCCUCACGCGCCAAGCCAGGGGUGCGCGUCGUCAGUCCAGAUCCUACCAGCUGGGUCAGAUCGGACCGGGGGCGCUACGGGGGGAUUGAAGAAGGGUGGUGGUCAAGCCCGGAGCCGGAGCCGCCUCCGAGGAGUAAUGCCCACCCAUCCCUCCCCUGUUUGGGGUUUUUGAGGCGCGGUCGCAGUCCGCGCCUUUAGGGGGGGGUACUGUCACGCUCUGGCUCCGGGACUUUGUAUGUUGAGCCAGGGUGUGUUCGUUUCGUUGUGUUCUGUUUGGUUGGGUUGUUAUGUGGUUGUGUUUCCUUAUUUGUAUUGAGUGACUCCCAAUCAGAGGUAACGAGUGUCAGCUGUUGGCUCGUUAGCUCUGAUUGGGAGCCAUAUUUAAACUGUGUGUUUUCACCUUGUGUUUGUGGGUUUUUGUUCCGUGUUCAGUCAGUGUUACUGUGGACUUCUCGAUCGUGUUUUGUUUUGUAUUUUAUGCUUUACUAUUAAAGUCAUGUUCGCUUCACACGCUGCGCCUUGGUCUACUCCUUCUCAUCAACACGAUCGUGACAUGGAAGUAAUCCAGUCCAGUGGGAGAUGCUGCUUACUUAUGCCCCCUUCAGGAAGUCCCUGGAACUAUCACUUCUGCAUUAACUACCACUGUAGCCCUGCAUAUACUCUUAUGAGAACCAUUUGCAUGGAGAUGACUCUAACUAAUGAUGCCUAUGUCUUCUCUUAAUAGGUUAUGGAGGAGUCUGAAGCCUGUUCUCUGCCAGGGGGUCUGGCCAGCGUGAAGAAACAGUUUGAGAGCCAGGAGUACGCCUCCUCCUCCCAGUCCCAGACCAGCGUCACCCAUGUCCACUUAGAAAAGAGAUCUGUACAGGUACUACCAACUAAACGGGCAAGGCAUGAGCCAUAUAGAGAUCCUUUAUCCUUAUUUAUUUAUAUUGCACUACCAUACUAAAGCAUGUUGAACCAUACUGAACCAUACUAACGCAUUCACAACCAUCCUGAACCAUACUGAGCCAUGCUAAACCAUACACAUCCAUAGUAAAAACAAGGCAGAAAGGCCAUAUACAGGUCACAGCCACACAGGGAUAGAUUCUGCCCAGUCAUGCAUUCUCUCUCAUCCUGCUGAGCUUAAAACAGGCUGGAUUCAGAGAGUGGGCCUGGACUUAAUGAUGCAUGGGGUUGGGUCAGGUGUGGAGCAGUGGGUUUUGUUGAGUCGUUGUACUAUGUGCUGCAGCGUCAAGAGCCUUUUUACGCGUGUCUCUGCAGCUCAGAUAAUGGGUCCACAUGCAGUUUUGUUUUGCUGUAUGGCAAGUCAGGGGUGUUUUGUACAGCAACAAAAUAUGUUAUCCUAGAUCUAAGCAGUCUCAGGGAGCCAGUACUAUUCUGACGUGUAUGUUUCUACGCUCUGCAUGCCAGGGAAAGAAAGUCCAAUUUCAAGUACUCCAUUUCUAAAACCUAUUUGAGGUGAAUUUGGUGUAUUUUCAUUUUACUUCAGAGAUUUUUCACCUGUCUCUAUUUGUCACUCACUCUCUCCUUAAGUUACUGUCUAAUAGGAUUUUGACAUUACUAUUCUCACGGGGAGAGCUCUGCAAUUCAGAGGAAAUUAUUUAUUAUUUGUAACAGAUGGAUUUUCCAGUAAGCUUUGCUCUCUGAACAUUACAAUUUUCCCAUCCUGCUGCUAAAUAUGGUCUGCUGUCAGGGGGAACACAAUACUGCUGUGUGUUUGUGACUGAUAGCUACAAUGUGUGUGCGUUAAAGUGUUUGUGUUUGUGUGCGAGUGUGUUGCUUGCAACCUGUCACCGACAGGAAGAGACGCUAGUCGAGCGGGUUCGUGCCAAAAUACUGUGUGCUGCCCUCAAGUAAAGUACCCCGUAAAGCAGAACCGGCGCAAACCACACCCAUCGCCAUCUGGAGACAUUCACGCGUGUGCGUUUGUGAAUGAUAAAUAUGUAGGCCUAGUGUGUGAACGGUCUGUGUGUCGUCUUUCUGACAGGAGGUGUCCAGCUCACAGGAGGUGACAGUGAGGAGCAGUGUCAGGGAGGUCAUCCCCACCACUCAGCAGGUGGCCUUCUUCCAUGGCCAGGAGGUAUUAUACAGCUAAACCUUGAUUACAGUGCAUCACUUACCUGGUAUUUACCAAUUAAUUAUAUUAUUAUUACAGAAUAAGUAUAAUAUGACUUAAUCAGAUCAUUACCCAGCUUUUCGCUCAUAUUUGUUUUCAAAUUGUUUUUAAAUUAGUCUUUACAUUCAGUUGGACCCUUAACCCUGCAACUGUGCAGUCUCAAACGAAACACAUUUUUCACAAACGCAUAUUGAGCCCGUCACGAAGCCUGCUAGGCCAUUUGCCAUCAUUUCAGCCCACACCUACUCAAUAAAUCGAAUUGUUUUAUCUCAAUAUGUUAGCUGCCCCUGCAACUGCCACAACAUCUAUAAUUAAGUGUAAGUGAAUAAUUUUAACACUUUUUGUUUCUCAUAUCACUUUGUUUUCCAAAGUUUUCCUACACAGAGUAAAGUGGAAAAAUAAAAAUAAUAAAAAAUGAACAAAUGCAGGGCUAAAUUAACCUUAGGUGGUAAGAAAAAGGCUGGUUUCAUCUCAAAUCAACAUUCCCCUUACACACCCUUUCUGUUGUCUGUGUGUGAAGGAAAUCUAUUCGAAGAGUUGCUUAUUGUGCUCAGCACUUGCCUCCAUCUCAUUACAGGUGACUCAUGAUCAAAGAGUUCAACAAAGCAACGUGGCCUCCAGUUAUGAAAACCAUUAUGGUGAAACAGGUAGAGUAUAAUAAUAUUCAUAUUUACAUUUUUGGCUUUUUUGAUCACACCCUAGAGUGUAUGCUGUAUAGUAAUGACUGUUGAAAGCUGGAGAUUAUUCUCCAAACCUAAAUUACAGAUGAGGUGUGGAAAUGAAUUGGAUUGAAGAUGAUUUUCUAUUAGAAAUUCAGUGCAUGGCCGCAAAUUAAAUCAAGGCAUAGGAAGGAAAAAAAUAUUGCAACUGGGAAUAAGGUAAUCAAUGCCACUUUUGGAAUUGGAAACGGUAGGUUUUAAAGACACGAUUUUAGGAUCCUCCAAACCCCCUGGGCUUCAAACUGAGACUGAUUUAAUGAGACAACUGCUUCCUGUUUCUAUUUCAGUUAGGGUCAUUGGAGGAGAGGACUUACCAAAGGUCUCCACUCAGGCUUUGAAGCAGCAGUAUGAGAAGACCAUCGAAGAGGCCACGCCGGGCAAGCAAAUUAAGGUAAUGAUGCAGUCUGUUUAUUUACGUGGCCAUUAUAGUGUAUCUGUGUUUAGACGAUGCCAUGAUAUCAACGUCAAAGCAGGGGAAUUCACUUUGAGGGUAGUGAGUACUGAGUAAAUUGGAUGACGUGAGAAUGCGACGUGAUUAAAAAGCACAAAGUAUGACAGUCAUUAUUAUUUUGUGUAUAAACAAACAUAUUCAGAGAUGUCAUUAUCUGCUUAAAUCUACUCUAUGCUUUUUUCUGCUAUACUGUCCUGUUUUCCAUUUCUCUAUCAUUUCAUAUUCUGACUGCAUCUAUCACUGUCCUUCUCUCCAUCAAUCAUAAAACAAUAGAUUGAUCUGGAUUAUAACCAGUUUCAAUGGGCACCGGUAAACCAGUCCUCCUCAGCAGCAGCUAGCUAUGAAAGCUCGUCCACUGUGAAACAGUCAUCCAGAGCUUCAGCAGCAACGAGCUAUGAAACCUCAUCCACUAUGAGGACAGGGGCUGUCUCUUCAUCUACCGCUGCCUCAGCCUCAUCCACUAUGAGGACAGCGGCUGUCUCUUCAUCUACCGCUGCCACAGCCUCAUCCACUAUGAGGACAGGGGCUGUCUCUUCAUCUACCGCUGCCACAGCCUCAUCCACUAUGAGGACAGGGGCUGUCUCUUCAUCUACCGCUGCCUCAGACUCAUCCACUAUGAGGACAGGGGCUGUCUCUUCAUCUACCGCUGCCACAGCCUCAUCCACUAUGAGGACAGGGGCUGUCUCUUCAUCUACCGCUGCCACAGCCUUAUCCACUAUGAGGACAGGGGCUGUCUCUUCCUCUACCGCUGCCUCAGACUCAUCCAUGGAUUA